AUGAACCGACUCGCCCCCCGUGCGCUCCGAGCGCCAACCCUCCAACCCCUCCGCUCCAACACCCUCCCUCUCACCUUCGCCCGACUCGCGCUCACACGACCCAACACCCGCCCCCUCAGCACAGUCGCCGAAGUCUCCUUCUGGAAAUCCCUCGUCCCCAAACCCCUCCGCACCUGGACGAUCCCCUGGUUUGGCAAAUCCAAGUCUAAAUCAAAAUCCGCCGCUAAACCCCAAGGCUGGAACCCCGCGACCUUUUUUAUUUUUAUCUUCCUGUUCAUCGGCUCCAUGUCCAUCCAGAUGAUCUCGCUGCGCAAGGACUUUGCCACUUUUAUGCGCCAGUCUGAUGUGCGUAUUGGUCUGCUGCGGGAGGUGGUUGAGAAAUUGCAGCGCGGGGAGGAGGUGGAUGUGGAGAAGGCGUUGGGCACGGGGGAUGCGGAGAAGGAGGUUUUGUGGGAGCAGGUCCUGAAAGAGAUUGAGCGCGAGGACGCGGCCAAGAGCCAGCGCAAGAAGCCGGCCGAGCCUGCACCGACGACGCCUGUAAAAGCAGAAGCGCAUACGGAAGAACCCCGGAGACAGAUGCAGAGCACCCUCGCGAGCAAGGGCUUCUUUUGA